AUGACUCUUAGUAACACAAUCUAUGACUCAAUAAUAGAUUUUUUAUCAGGGGAGAUGUGGUGGGGUCAGCUCUUGGACUUUAUGCUAGCUCACUGUGAGUGUUUUAAGCCAAGAGAUUAUUCAACCGUCGAAGAAUUUAACAUUUAUAAAGAUUAUUGCGUAUUUUUAGAACAAAUUGUCGAAAAGCAAUUAUGUCAAAAUGUUAAACUUACAACAAAACAGUUCGAACAAGUAAUUUUAGAUGGAAUUGAAAAUAAUAUACAGCAAGCCAUUUCGAUUAAAGAAACACUCACUAAAGCAGUAGAUUUCGAACUAUUUCGAAGAGAUAUGAUAAGUCACAACGAAAGAAUUGAACAAGAAGUUCAAAAUGUAUUAUCCAAUGAAAAAGAAUCCCAAAAUAUCAUUAAUAACGAAAUGUAUCAAGUACAGCCUCCGAAUAAUCAGUCAUCUCUUCCGUCAUUAGAAAUAAGAUCUCCACGAAAUCCGAGGAAAUUCAUGUUUAAUAAGGCAAGUUUCAUAAGCCAUGCAAUGAAAUUUAGGAAUCCAAUGAUAAACCCAAUUUGUAAUCCACCACAAAAUCCUAUUCAAAUGAAUCAUGGGAACUUGAUGAUGAAGCACCAAAAUCCGAUUUUGCAGUCAACAAAUACUGGUUUACCUCCUCUUCGCAGUCCAAGGCCUCCUCAGGCGAAAUUGCCUCCUUUAAUAAAAUCUCCAAGAUUUACUAACUAG